AUGGGCAAGGUCGCCGGAGCUCCGGUGAGGACCCGCGGCGGGCGGAGGCGGCAGCAGCAACGACCAGCGGGCAAAGGGGGCGGAGCAGCUCGGCAAAGGCUGGCUACGUGCGUCACUCGGAGAGGGGGGUCGACAGCUGACUCAAGCGGGCUGGCGGCGCUGCAGCAGAGUGCGGAGGCGCGGCGGAGCAGAGGCGGGGGCGCGGCAGCCGCUCGGGAUCUGCUGGCGUCGGGGACAGCCGCGUCAGGCGUCUCGGUGGCGAUCGGCUCGGAUGAGCUGCUGCAGGGCUGUGCUCGAGGAAGUGCAGGAGCGUUAGUGCCAAGUCGGAGACGGAGCAGAGACUCCGGCAGAGGACGCGGGAACAGCGACGGCGGGGCGGAGCUUCGGACGGUUGCAGGGCGGUACGGCGAGCGGCGGCUCCUGGUGUCGGAUUGCAGCAGUGGCGACGCGCGGACGCGCGGUGACUUGGGGUCGCGUUCCGGCACGGCAAAUCUGGGCAGAGGCGCCGUCGCGACUUCAGGGGCGCGGAGCAGCGGUGGCCGGCAGAGCGGCAGCGGCGGGACGGCAGCCGACUCAGGGGAACGGCGGUGA